AUGGACCAUAGGACGGGAACAAUACUCGACGUCGUGAAAGAGGGUCAGAUUGUUGGCAUCAGUGACUGGGAGUUCGCAGGCUGGUAUCCGGAACACUGGGAAUUUGUCCAGUUCUUCCGAGCUUUGUACGCCGACUACCGUGACUACGCCGAUGUUAUAUUCGAAAAGGCCUUUCUGCAUUACUCCAACAUGGUCGAAUUGAUCAAACUGGCUCAUAUGCCAGCAGACCUGCCGCUCUAUGUCGCCAUGUACACGGACGUGCAGAAUGCGCCUUUCCUCAAGGAACAGUUGCUGGCAGGCAACUCCGAGUUCGAGUACGCCUUUAUUGAUGCGAAAAUGGUCGUCUCUACCACCCAUGUGCUUGCUGCCGCUUUCCGGGCCAUGAACGACUAUCUCAAUGAGAGGUUGAAGUCACGCAAUGUUCACUCGGAGAUUGUCUUCUCUCUGAGCCCGAACAACAACAUCGGCGAGGCUUUCCGCAGGUUCGGAGUCGGCGAGUCAACUAAAGAUUUACUGGUGUUGAAGGUGGCCACGAAGCCGGAAGUUACCCUCGAAAGUGUCACUCAACAUCUAUCAACGCACAUCCAGGGCAAACCGAGUCCAUUUGAUGACGCAGGUUUGCGCAAGGUCGCCGACAUUGACAGAAUCCGAAAGGUCUACAAACUCAACUCUGCAGCCUCGGGUGGCCGCCGCUCUGGCAACACUAUUAGCAGCGGAUCUGGUGCGAAAGACAGCGGGUCCGUUGAUGUGACGAAAAAUCUUGAGGUCCAGAUUCUCGGCCUCAUGGCUCUCCGUGGGGCAACGUGA